AUCCCUUUUGACUAUUACCCAAUUUCUAUCCUAGAAACUAAGAAGAAUCAAUCGCAUAUUAGUCAACAAAAGUUUUAAAAUCAGUGGUGCCUUGCUACGGGUUCAGAAGUGUUCGUUUGCUGAAUAAGUUACAAAAUAUCUGUUCCAUUCAAGUAUCGAUUUUCUUAUGUUUGUACUUGUUAAUAGUGUAACUUUACUUAGAUUCCGCUAACGGUGACGGUUGUUGGAAUUGAUUUUGAGUUAAAAUAAGUGGUUAGUGAUUUUGUAUGGUUAACUACUUAUUGUAGUAAUAAAUACUGUAGGAAGAAAGUUAACCUUCACGGCUAUCAUUUACUAGUGAAUUCGUGAAAGCUGUUGUACUAGCGCAGUGUGCCUAGCACUCCUAAACAGGGAUAACAAAUUAGGAUACCUGUGAAAGCAUCUUAGUAGUUUUCGUCCUAACGAACUAAGAUGGCCGGUGGAGGAGACCCAAAAUGGCAGAAGGAUGCGUCGGAUCAAAACUUCGAUUACAUGUUCAAGCUACUCAUUAUAGGCAACAGCUCCGUGGGUAAAACUAGUUUCCUAUUCCGCUACGCGGACGACUCGUUCACAUCGGCAUUUGUUUCUACCGUCGGCAUCGACUUCAAGGUGAAGACGGUGUUCCGCCACGACAAGCGCGUCAAACUGCAGAUAUGGGACACGGCCGGGCAAGAGCGCUACCGCACCAUCACCACGGCGUACUACCGCGGCGCCAUGGGGUUCAUACUCAUGUAUGACAUCACCAACGAAGAGAGCUUCAAUAGUGUUCAGGAUUGGGUGACGCAAAUAAAGACGUACUCGUGGGACAACGCGCAAGUGAUCCUGGUGGGCAACAAGUGCGACAUGGAGGAGGAGCGCGUGGUGAGCUCGGAGCGCGGCCGCCAGCUCGCCGAGCAGUUGGGCGUCGAGUUCUACGAGACCAGCGCCAAGGAGAACAUCAACGUCAAGAACGUAUUCGAGCGGCUGGUGGACAUAAUCUGUGACAAGAUGUCGGAGAGCCUGGACUCCGAGCCGGCCAUCAUGGCCGGAGGGAACCGCGGCCAGCGACUCACUGAGCAGCCGCAAGGCAGCAGCACCCCUAACUGCAACUGCUAAUAGAAUUCAAAGCCCAAGGCUUGUUUUUAACAGCAUGCGAGAUUGCACGCCAUUUUCCCGCAUCUCGUUUGCAUAUUCCACGCGUUACAAUGAGUACCUGUAUGAACGCGUGCGGGGCAAUCCCGCGUGCGUGAUCAAAUCCGCUUGCUGUUAAAAACUGCCCAACGUUGUGGAGGCGCUUGAUCAAUUGAAAUUGAGACGCUUGCAGACUCUUCAGAGUUUUAACCUUUUUAGUCCUCGUAUUUAAGUUAUGAAUAUCCUAUAUUGUGUAUGUACAGUCUGAGAGCGUCACAAUUUUGGGAAAGGUUAGUCGGGUAUUACGUUAUACAAUUUGCACAUUACCAUUAUAAUAUGAAAUUGAAAAUGUAUAUCAAAACUUAGCAAAAUUGAAACAUUAUUAUCAAAGAAAAGCUUAGUUCACACGGUUAUAAAAAGCUAAAAUAUUAUGUCUAACUGAAUGCUUAAUUCGAAAUUGAAUUUAUCCCACUUGAAUUCAUUUACUUAAUUGUUUGCACAAUUUUAAAUAGUUAUUGGUUUCAGUGCUUUUGUAAAAAAAUGCAAAUACGAAUUAAUUAAUAUAGUUUGCAAGUUUAAAAUGUUGAUUCGGAAAUUCUUUAAGUACUGUUAUUAUGAUGUUAAAAUAAGUAUAAUUAUCAAUUAAUUAGGUAUGUUUUAAUAUUAUAUUAUAACUUCUAUUAGAUGUUAGAUACUUAUGUGUCUCUAAAACUAUUGAGCUGGAGUAGGGAUCUGAUAAAUAUUUUAGUAGGUAGAUUUUAACAACUUAAAUUUGGCAACUAAUAAUUAUUUUAUUUUUAACUACGUUAAAUAAGAUUUUAUUAUAUUAUAUACCCUUGUAUUCAGGUAGAUUUACCUUUCCUUUUUCAUUUUUAAACCUUAUGGGUCGUUUUUGUUCUAUUUUAAAUAAUAGUAAUAUUAUAUUUAUUUUUCAUUGAAGGAAUUGUAUAACAUAUUAAUUUAGUGUUCUUAUUAUAUUUAUUUUUAAAUCUUUCAUAUAAAAUGUAUGUAGAUCUUUACUAUAGUUCGUUGCUUCAUACAUAAGUAGUUAGUGGGAAUAUGUGUUACCAACGUUGUUACGAAAUUGAUGUCAUUACUACUCGUAUAAUAUUAAUCUUCUUGUUUCAUUGUGACUGAAGUAACUUCUGCAGUAUUUCUAACAUAAAAUAUAGAGGUUAUGUACCUCAUCAUAUUAUUAUAUGAUUUGUAUGCUUGAAAAAUGUCUUGGCCACAUUAUGCGAUAUAACUAACAAUAAUUGUUGGGAAUCCAUAACUAUACUAUUUGUAAAUAUGUUUACCAAUGUAAAAAUAAAACUGUAUAGUAUUAUAUCUACGUAUGAAACUGUUUGUAUUCUUGUUACAUACUAUGCUAUGAUAAUAUUAUGUAUUAAAAUUAGAUGUUUAUAGUACGCGAUAGUUUUCAGUGAAUCGUAAUAAAUAUGGUAACUUUCUCCAGUCUCCAAUAAAACAACUAAAUGUAAAAGCUACCAUAAAAGAUAAACCUACUAGGAUUUUAAUGAAAGAUACCUUCAACAACGAUAGCACAUGAAAAAAUUUAAGGCUUUACCAUGAUAGCCUAAAGCCUACGGAUAUCCUAGAAGGUGUUUGCAUAGAGGGACUAAACUUUUUCGUAUUGAUUAAACUAAAUUUUAAACCGUAUCAGCUAUAAAUUGAAAGUUUAGAUAAAAGGAAAAGAUUCACUGAAACAAAGCUAAUCACAAAAAUAGAUUAAGAGACGAUUACAUAUACAUAUAUUAUAAAUCUCUAUCUAUUUUAAUUUGUAUAAUUUGCAUAGUUUUGCGCAUAAUUGUUAUUGCGAUCACUACAUGCGUAUCUUAGUGUGACUACGGCGGUCGCAGUAGGUCUACUUUAGAAGACAUAGACAAUACAAUUUAUAUCAAAAAUUCUGUUGUAACUUGAGCACAUUAUUUUUUUAGGAAAUACUUAUUAGGUACUUACAUAAGGGAUAUGAAAGCAUAUAAUCUGUAUUAAUCUAAGGAAAUAUACGUACAUUUGUAAAGUUGACAGCUUUAUUUCGAGUUUUUAACAAUGAGUAGCCCAAAUUGUUUUGAAUAUUUAUACCAAAAAAAAGUUAUAUAAUCUGAAAUUUAUAAAUAUUAUGGCAAUUUUCAUUUAUUAUAGAAAUUGAAAAAACAACAAUCAUGUCAAUUUUAAUGAUUUGUUAAAUAACAGAGAAAACAGCUGAAAACUUAUGACUUUUAUUUUUUUACAAAAUACUUAUUUGAGAUAAUUAUGUGCUUAAAAUUUAAGAAUACAUUUAUUAUCGUGUAGCUGUAGAAAUGUUUGUGAGUCCUAUAACAGGACAUGAAAGAGGCAUAUCUUAGACGGGCUUGUAGAAAAAUCUUCAGGGAGAAAAGGAAAAAAAAUACAUGUUAUAAAUGUUUCGUCAAAGUGAUUGUAUGAUUUUCCCCCAUAAAAAUACUUAUUAACAAAAACAGAUUCCGCACUUAGGUUACCUACAGUAAACGUUAUAUUUUCAUAUAUUAUGUUUUGUAUGCAAACUACUAUAUGGCGCUUAAAGUACAUAAAUAAUUACUCAAAUGGACAUUUAUAA